CUGCGAGAGGCUCGCUGCACUGUCUUAACCGCUGAGAACGGCCACCCUGCAUUAGACUACAGAUCCGGUCCCUAUCAGCGACCGCACCGGACUCUCAUGACAAGAACUGAACUAACAGUGCAGGUUUUGAUGCCCAUUAUGAGCGAACCCGAAGUAACCCACAUUCUCCGCAUCCAACCACCUUUCACCACCGAUGCGAAGUUUCGAAACACGCCUGUUAUCGGGCUUCUCGCGUGUGGAGGCAUCGGCACAAUUAGCGAGGCCCAGAGAUUGGGAUUCAACGACUUUAUUCCAAGCCCGUUGAAACUCGAUCUAAGGAGGAGUCAUCUGAGGUUCUGGACAAGUAGAGAUUCCUAA